GUCAGCUGCCGACUGAUCUAAGCUAGAGUUUCACAGUUACGUUGAGUUAUAAUUUCGAUUCAAGUUUCCACAACGUGGAUAUCACGUGUUCGCCUAGGUAGUUAAUUCAACUAGUUGAAUAGAGCGCGCAAUAAAAAAAAAACUCCAACGAGUGUGGUAGUACGAAUUCAACGUCGACAUUAACUUCACCUCCAAACGUACUAGCAUUGUCCUCGACACCGCUCCAACUCUAUCGGAACUGUGUGCUGUGCUACGCCCGACUAGAAAAUCCACGUAUCUACGAGUGCAACAAACAUUCCACACUAUUUUCUACGAUUUUUCACAUUACCAUCCAUUAACAACAUUAUCCACACGCGAUAAAGUGGGCACGCUGGUGGCCGGUGGCCUCUUGGGACGGAGGCUAGUGUUACGAGGCUCCACAACGAACGGAUUGCUGCUCAGCAGACAAUAUCUAGCAUUACAGACAGGGAAAAUGGUUUGGACGACGACGUUAGAUAUACUGCCAAAGCCGAUGGCGAACCCAAGUGUUCCGCCAAUGCAGAUGCAGGCCCUGAACACAGCAUCGCACCUGGAGCACAUGUGCAUGCUGGAUAUCAGCUCCCAGGCAUCUUUCGUACGCCAAUCUGGAAUUAUCUGCACAAUUGGGCCGGCGUCCCGUGAUGUGGAGACUCUGGAAAGAAUGAUGGCGAUUGGUAUGAAUGUUGCUCGCCUUAACUUUUCGCAUGGUACCCAUGAAUACCAUGCAGCGACUAUUGCCAAUAUUCGUAUUGCUGUUGAGAACUACAGCAAGAGUAUUGGUAUGUCGUAUCCGCUCGCCAUUGCUCUUGAUACCAAAGGUCCUGAAAUCCGAACAGGGUUAUUGGAAGGUGGUGGAAGCGCAGAAGUUGAGUUAAAAAAAGGUGAGAAGCUGAAACUGACCACCGAUCGUGCCUAUAUGGAAAAGGGUAACGGCCAAAUCAUCUACGUUGAUUACGAUAACAUUAUCAAAGUGGUCCAGCCCGGUAAUCGUAUCUACGUUGAUGAUGGCCUACUCUCCUUGAUGGUUACCGCUGUGCAAGGCCCCACUGUGGUGUGUGAAGUAGAAAAUGGUGGUAUGUUGGGAAGCAAAAAAGGUGUUAACCUUCCGGGUAUCCCUGUUGACCUUCCGGGAGUGUCCGAGAAAGACCGCACUGAUUUGGUGUUCGGCGUUGAGCAAGGCGUUGAUAUUGUCUUUGCGUCCUUUAUUCGAGAUGGUUCAGCGCUCAAGGAAAUCCGCGCAAUUUUGGGCGAGAAGGGUAAAGAUAUCAUGAUCAUCUCGAAGAUUGAGAAUCAACAGGGUAUCGACAAUCUGGAUCAAAUCAUCAAGGCUUCCGAUGGUAUUAUGGUCGCCAGAGGCGAUUUAGGUAUUGAGAUUCCAACCGAGAAAGUGUUCCUGGCACAAAAGUGCAUGAUUGCAAAGUGUAACAAAGCAGGAAAACCUGUGAUUUGCGCCACGCAGAUGCUGGAAUCUAUGAUUAAGAAACCGCGUCCCACUCGUGCUGAAAGUUCUGAUGUAGCGAACGCCAUCUUGGAUGGCGCUGAUUGCGUUAUGUUGUCGGGAGAAACUGCCAAGGGCGAUUUUCCGCUCGAAUGUGUCGCCACCAUGGCGAGUAUCUGCAGGGAAGCUGAAGCUGCCAUCUGGCAGUAUCGUCUGUUCAGCGAACUGGUCACAAAUGUGGAAGCACCAAUUGAAGUGGCACAAACAGUCGCGAUCGCCGCUGUUGAGGCGUCAGCGAAGUGUCUUGCCGCUGCUAUUAUCGUCAUCACCACCUCCGGUCGCUCCGCAUACUUGGUUUCGAAAUACCGGCCACGUUGUCCUAUCAUUGCCGUGACCCGUAGGGCACAAACCGCUCGUCAGGCGCAUUUGUACCGUGCCGUUUUGCCUCUUAUUUACACUGCCGAAUCUAAACAGCAAGAUUGGCUGAAAGACGUUGACGAUCGCGUUGAAUACGGCAUUCUUCACGGCAAGCAGAGGGGUUUCAUCAAUCCAGGAGACCCGGUUAUUAUCAUUACUGGCUGGCAGAUGGGAUCAGGAUUCACCAACACCAUGCGCAUUGUUCAUGUCAAAUGAGGCAUCCACAGCGGAUAACAUCGACAGGGUCGUAUUUCUAGUUUUAAUUUAAAAUUCAUUUUAAAUUUUAUCUUAUCAAGUCUACUUGAAAACAUAGUUUUAUGUUGCUUUAAUAUUGAUUUAAUCAUAAGUGAAUGACAUCAUACAGGCUUCAGGAUGAUUUAAUUUUAAAUUAAUAAAAAAAUAAUGAAAAUGUUUGUUUAUAAAAGUUAAUUUUAAUUGUACAUUAACAAAUCAUGUACAUUUGAUUAUAUUUUCAUUCAAAAUCAUCAAUUUCAUAACAAAAGACAAACAAAAACAAUAUUUGUAUUAUAUUACAAAACUGUCAUUAGUUAAUGUAAUUUAUACAAGUGACACUUGAAAGAAGUUGUAAAAAUGGUUGAUGCACCGUUUUUCUAUGAGAAA